AUGUUGGGCCCCAGCCCAUGUGAACUGCCACAUGCAGAGAUGCGUGGCGCGGGGCUUCAUGUGUCCUGGCCUCGUGACAAGGCUGAAAAGGCAUGCCUGCAGCGCAAAUUGCAGCCGCUAGCAUUGCCCGCGCACGCGACAGAUGGCCGUGCUGCCGUAGAGCUGGACACCUUCGUGCCGCCACAGCGGUUGGCGAGACCGCGCACUGCGGAGCGAGCCUCCGCGCUGGCGGUGGUGUCAUUUCCAGCCCGACUGCAGUUGAGAGCACCAGGGGAGGCCCCAGGGCCCGUCGGUCCUUUCUCCGGCCCGGGCAGUCUGGUUUUGCCCUUGGACACACAAGAUGCAGUGAAAGAGUUGGUCUCCGCCUGUGCUGAAGGUAAGGCUGAGAUCAACGAUGGGACUUGUCUCACCGCUUGGACCCUACCAGAGGGUCGGUCACCGGAUCUGGAGCCCCUCACAGCACGAAGGAUCGAUCGAACCUUGGCUGUGGAGCCCAUUGAGCUGGUCGCAGAACGUCAAGGUGGAUCACAGGAAGGACCCAUCCGCUACGGAGAGGGCUUCCGAUUGCGAGCAGCUGGUACUAAAGCUCUCUACUUAGGUUUUGAAGGCCUCGGCAGCUGCUGGAAAUCCGGGUCCGAUCGCAUUCCACCGAAGGGGACCCGCUUCUCUGCGCAUGGCGGAGAGCUGGGGGCUCCUCUGCAUUUUGGACGCCCAGUUUCAUUGCGCAGAGUGCUUUCGCCUCCGCCCUCGGAAGUGGAUAGUGAUCCUGAGUUCUCGGAUGACGAUGCAGAGAGGCCGGACAGCGAGGAAAGCUCCAAGGAGAUGGGAAUUUCAGCCCAAGGUGACACGCCGAUGGUCCAACAUGGUCCUUGUUGGAUGGUUAAUAGAUGUGAAUAAUCCCUUGUUGGAUGGUUAAUAAACGAAUAUAAAUGAUAUUAUACAUGUUAAGAAUCCAUUGCUAGAGGUUGCUGGUUCCCCUCAAGCCCUUAUUCUUUGGUGUCACCUUUUGGGGGCUGGUUCAAUGCCGACAGGAGCUGAAGAGUACGACUUCAUCGCCUUUGCUGCCAGAAUCAGCUGGCUAUGUCAAGGAAGCCUUGUACUCUCGCGCUGCAGACAAGGUGGAUGGAGCCGUCCUGGUGGCGUUUCUGCCCCUCUCGCUGGAAUAGCUGGGCGUUCGCAGCACGUGGAUUCACCUUGUACAUAUGCAGAUGCGCCAGACUCCCUUGGUCGGUCC